GAGCGACAGAAGGGCAGGGUAGAUAAAUAUGAAGAAGAAACAGGGCUAAUUGAGUCAUUCUCAACUUCUGAGUCGUUUUCUCUUUAUAUCUUUCUUCCUCCUUCCGUCUUCCCCGAUUCCUUUGGCCAUCGUGAAUCCUCAAUCCAUCUCGAGAGAGAGUGAGGGAAAGAUAGAGACUUUGAGAGAGUUCGUGCUGUACUGAAUAAACCGACUCUCCCUGACACCAAGCUCCGGUCCUUCCUUGCAUCUGGGCUCUUGUCUAUUUAAUUCUUCCUUCCUAUUUUCUCUUCUAAUCCGAAGAAGAAAGCUUUCUUGGCGGGAAACGAAGAUGUCGGGGAAAGGAGCAAAGGGUUUGAUUAUGGGGAAGGGAGCUGCUGCAGCGGCGGCAGCUAAUAAGGACAAGGACAAAGAGAAGAAGAAACCCACCUCUCGCUCUUCUCGUGCUGGUCUCCAGUUUCCAGUGGGCCGCAUCCAUCGCCUCCUGAAACUAAGGACAACAGCUCACGGGAGGGUUGGAGCUACAGCUGCUGUCUAUUCUGCUGCUAUUCUCGAGUAUCUGACUGCAGAAGUACUGGAAUUGGCUGGGAACGCAAGCAAAGAUCUGAAGGUGAAACGUAUAACUCCAAGGCACUUGCAGCUAGCAAUCCGUGGUGAUGAAGAGCUCGAUACCCUAAUCAAGGGCACCAUUGCUGGCGGUGGAGUCAUUCCUCACAUCCACAAGUCCCUAAUCAACAAAUCAUCCAAAGAAUAGAGAACUUCUGUAGAAGCAGCAGGUUUCCUGCUUGCUAACACACCUGAGAUUGUCUUCUGAUGUUUAGAGAGUUAGUCAUGGAAAAUGUCAGACUUCUGUAUCUUGUUAGGUUGAUUUGGUUGCUGCUGGAUCAUUGUUACUUUUAAGCUAAUUCAGUUUGCCUCGUUUCUCAUUUGCUUAGUGAGAUGAUGAUUUAAUUCUCCGAGGUUCCAAUUGUUGCUGCUAUUACCAUUAGAAUGUA